AUGGAGCGCUCCGCCCUAGCGUUCGCGGAGCUGGCGGGCGGGGCUGUCACCAGUUGCGGCGGCGGCGGUGCACCAGCUGCCGGGUUUCGCUGCUGCUGCUCUCAAGAUGCCAGCGACAUGACGCGGACGCUGGGGCACAGCACAUGGGGCCUUGACACUUGUGGCUCUGUAGCGGGCCAUCCGGCGACACGAUUCCCCAACGGAGCAGAGCAGAGCAGGAGAAAAGCUGACUCGACGGGCGCUCAGCUGCUGUUGGCCUGCACGGAGGCAAGUGUGGCUCUCGCGGCUCGAGGCCGCGCCUUCGGGUUGAACGUCGAGCAGUUUGCCUGUCACUGGGUCGGUCUCCUCCACGCCGGUCUCGAUCUUGAUCUCUCGAUCCCCCGCUCGCCCGUCAUACACAGCUUAUUCACGCACAACCGGUCGGUCGGCGGUGCUGCGCUAGUGCUGCGCUCUUGCUCUUGCUCUGGAAAGGCCCAGGGCCCUCCCGCGCGAGUGGAGGUGGGCGAGGUGGCAACGCCCCGAUCGAUCACAGGCGUGUCCAUCCCCGCCCGCCGGCGUCGUGACGAUUGCUUGACGGUCGCGACGGACGCAGACCUCGGUCGGCGCAGUGCCAACUUGGCAUCUUUGUCGACGCAUCGACUCUUGCAUUGCAUAGCGUUGUAUUGUAUUGCGCUGCACUGCAUUGCGCUGGGCGGGCGCGUGCGUCCUCGUGGCGGAAAUGGUCGCGGAGGACGAGCGGAUCGGCGCGGCAUGGUGUCGUCGCACGAGCAACUUCAAGAUGGGGGCAUACAAACCGCCAUACGUUUUCCACUACGGAUAAAGAGCAGUUCGGCCUGUCAGAAAGGUGUCGUUCACCGAGAUGACAAAAAGGUCUGCGACUUGGUAGUGCAGUCUCUAUCGUGGGGUCGAAUCCAGGUGGCAACAUGCUCAAGCUUUGUGUGGCAAUUCGAUCAAACUUUGUGGAUGUCUCUGAACAAGCUUCUACCUAGAGAAAGCUGCGUCAAUGAGGUUGGAUCAAGCAAUUAG